AUGGCCGCUCCAUCCAUGUCUACCCGCAUUCCCAUCUUUGUGUUAGUCCUACUCUCGGCUGUGUCAGCUUCUUCUCCCAGUCCGAUCAAUGGCAAUGGCAGUGACAUCGACCUCGCCGCGCUGCUCGCUUUCAAAGUGCAGCUCGCCGACCCUCUCCACAUCCUUGCUGACAACUGGACCACCAGCACGUCUUUCUGCCACUGGGUCGGCGUCUCGUGCAGUCGGCGUAGGCAACGUGUCACCGCUUUAUCAUUGGUGGAUACACAUCUUGUUGGAUCUGUAGCUCCUCACAUAGGUAACCUCUCUUUCCUUUCCAUCCUCAACCUCACCCGCAACAAUCUGACGGGCUCCAUUCCGGUAGAACUUGGUAGGCUACGUCGUCUUAGGUAUCUCCGUCUCAUGGGAAAUAGGUUUUCUGACUCCAUACCUACUACCCUUGGGAACCUCACAAGGCUUGUGAGCCUUCGUCUGGGUCAUAAUGAACUCUCGGGCCAGAUCCCUCCUCAGAUGUUGGCCCAUAUGCACAACCUUAAAGAAAUUGUCCUUAACCAAAAUGAAUUGAUUGGACAAAUACCAUCGUAUUUCUUCAACAACACACCUUCUAUGGCAUCCAUCGAUUUUGGAAAUAACAGUCUGUCGGGUCCAAUACCACAAGCAGUUGCAUCCCUAUCCAUGCUUGAGUUCUUCAGUGUACAGUAUAAUCAAUUCUCUGGUCUACUUCCACAAGCCAUGUUCAACAUGUCUAAGCUGCGAGUUAUGGCGUUCGAAGAAUGCGCUAACCUAACUGGAAUGAUUCCGAGCAAUCAAAGUUUUAGCCUCCCAAUGUUGCAACUUUUCACACUAGCCGGGAACAAAUUUGCCGGUCGGUUUCCAAUAGGCUUAGCAUCAUGCCAGUACCUGCAAACACUUGAUUUGAGUGAUAACUCUUUUGUGGAUGUUGUGCCAACAUGGUUAGCCAAAUUGCCAAAACUCAGAGUGCUUGACUUCGGUUCUAAUAACCUUACUGGCUUCAUCCCAGUUGCUUUUAGCAAUCUCACUAGUCUUAAUGCACUAGCACUCGACAACGGCAAUCUUAAAGGGGAGAUUCCACCUAAUUUAGGUCAUAUACAUGAACUCUCGUAUCUUAAUCUUGCCUCCAAUCAAUUGACAGUCUAG